AUGAAGGAGAGUGCGAAAAGAGAGAAAUCGAAUAAAUUUUGUCGUUUUCAUCGCGACAAAGGGCACGAUACGGAGGACUGUUUCAAUUUAAAACAAGAAAUUGAAAGAUUAAUACAACAAGGUUAUUUAAGAGAAUUUGUAACUAAGCAGCGCGAUUGUCAACAGGAAGAAAGAGGACGAGAUGGUCGAAAUCACGAGCAACUAAGAGGUCGCCAGGAAGGAGGGCGUCAACAUGGACAUCGUGAGGAUAAUUUACCCACGGCUGGAACCAUAAACGUGAUUUCAGGAGGUCCUUCUUGUGGUGAUUCAAGAAAUGCCAGACGAGCUUUAUUGCGAAAAGCUAAGAAUACUCAUCUUAUCCCAAACGGUGCAUCUCCCUCGAGUUGGGCGGAAUCAGUUUUUCAAGUGCAAUCAGGUGGCCAAGGUUUGACGUUUGGCGAUUAUGAUUUAGAAGGAAGCCAACGAGAGGAACAUAAUGAUGCACUUGUGAUUUCAGCUUCCUUAUCCAACUUUUGGGUGCGCAAAAUAUUGGUCGAUGGUGGUAGCUCUGCUGAUAUUAUCUUCUAUGAUGUUUUCCAGCAGUUGGGAAUCGCUGACGCCCAACUUGCACCUGUCAAAACCCCUUUGAUCCGAUUCACAGGUGAAGUUGUGGAAGCUCUCGGACAAAUCACAUUACCUCUUAUCCUUGGGACAUUUCCCAGAAGAGUAACUCGAAUGGUGAACUUUUUGGUAGUCAAGUCGUCGUUGACCUACAACGUGAUUUUAGGGAGACCAAGCAUUCAUCAAUUUAAAGCAGUGGCUUCAACGUGUCAUAUGAAGUUGAGAUUCCUGACUCCCCAAGUAAUCGGUGAGGAAGUUGGAGAGCACCGCAUCGCGCGAGAAUGCCAUUCUAAUACUAUUCAAAGAACGAUGGGACCUUUGAAACGGCAUGGUGGGUGA